AUGGAGUCGCUGCUGGAUGUUGGAUUGGAGGUGCAUCCAUAUUCCCCAGGAGAGGCUGAAGAUGGCACACAAUUUGCUGUACAGAUAACCCUGAAGCUCCCUGAUAAUGUGAUUUAUUUUAAAGUGCCUGUGGUAGCCCGAUGGGAUGCUGCAGGCCAGCAGUGGAGAACUGAUGGCAUCAGCGAGAUAACAUAUGAAGCAGAAGAAAAGAGCAUCACUUUUGGGAUGGGUGCCUUUUAUACAGUAGCCCUUUUCCAGGAUGCUCACCUGAACCUGCCCUAUCAGGCCUGGGAAUUGCACCCCACUGGGGUGGAUGAAGGACUCUUCACAGUUACUGCAGCCUUUGCAACCAUUCAGAUCCAAAUUAAGGAUAAUCAGUGUAUGUUGUCUUCAGUAGUGGUGGAAGAGGAGGAGGUGCUUUCCCACAUGACAGGAAAAUGGAUGAGUCCUUUUGCCCUCAGAGCAGCUUUGAAAAGAGCUGGAGUGAACAUUUUCCCAGCAGAGUACUCUCCCAAGUAUGUCCCUGUGCCCAGGAAGGCUGCCCUGGCAGAAGUGAAGGCCUAUGAGCAGAUGGCUCUGCUUGCAGCUGCUUUUGCUUUUGCUCACAGCAAGUGGAAUGGAGAAGCAGGGCCAGAGCGAGUCGUGUUCAAGGCAAGUGAACAUCUUACAGUGGGUUCUGCCAAAGACAACGACUGGUCUCUUUAUAUGUUCAAUGGUGAGAAAGUACAAAACCUCAAGCUCACUGAAACCAGUGAAGCUUUUACAGAAGAGCUGAAAGAAGAGUCUGAAUUUCACUCCACACUCCACCAUAUGCUCAAGGCUUCUGCCAGCAAUGAAGCCAUGGAUAAAGUGGAAAGAGCUGGCUUCCUGUUUAUUGAUUCUGUGUAUCAGCUGCUCCUUGCUACCAGAGUUUUAGCAUACUCUUAG